CACUUCACCUCAUCCACUGAUCAUUUUUCAAGCUCAGAGAUAUGCCGGCCGAGACCCAACCCCCUUGCCAUGUCUUCAUGGUCACCUUCCCCGGCCAAGGCCACAUCAACCCCACGCUCCGCCUCGGCAAAAAACUCGCUUCCAAAGGCCUUCACAUCACCAUCUCCACCACCCUCGACUUCGGCGACAGCCUCAGAAACGCCGGAAGCAUCGCCGACCACCGUUACCCCUUUGGCGCCGGUUUCAUCGACUUCCAUUUUUGGAACGACGGCUGGGAGAACGAUGACCUCCGACGCAGAGACUUGGACCUUUAUCUGCCGCAGCUCGAGCUCACCGGCAAGGCGGCGCUGUCGCAAACGCUCAAAGACCGUGCCGCUGAGAAUCGGCCGGUUUCUUGUCUCAUAGGAAACCCAUUUGUUCCGUGGGUUUGCGAUGUGGCUAAUGAGUUUGGAAUCCCCUGUUCUGUUCUCUGGGUUCAAUCUUGCUCUGUUUUCUCCAUUUAUUAUCAUUUUUCUCGUAAAACCCUGAAUUUCCCUUCUGAAUCUGAUCCAUUCUGUGAUGUUGAAAUACCCUCUCUGCCUCUGUUGAAACACGAUGAAAUCCCAAGCUUCUUGCACCCAUAUGGCGAGUAUAAGGCCAUUGGUCGGUCCAUUUUGCAGCAAUUUCGAAACGUCUCCGUCCCAUUUUGUAUUUUGAUGGAUACUUUCGAGGAACUUGAAAAAGACGUCAUCGAUCAUAUCUCGACGAUAUGCUCUGUUAUUCCGAUAGGUCCUCUGUUUCAGACGCUAAAACUCUCCGACGAAAAAGGGUCUCUCUCCGGCGAUUUCCUGAAGGCGGACGACUGCUUCGAGUGGCUUGAUUCAAAGCCAGAGAAAUCGGUUGUUUAUAUCUCGUUUGGAAGCAUUGUUCAUUUGAGCCAAACCCAAGUCGAGGAAAUGGCUCACGCGCUCUGUAAUUCUGGGUUUUCAUUCUUGUGGGUCAUGAAGCCAUUGCCGAAGGACAUGGCGGAUUGUUUGGGGCUGAAAUCGCAUGUUCUUCCAGAUGGGUUUUUGGAGAAAGCAGGGGAGAGAGCUAAGAUUGUGAAAUGGAGUCCACAGCAGAGGGUUCUGUGUCAUCCUUCCAUUGCUUGUUUUGUUACUCACUGUGGAUGGAACUCGUCGGUGGAAGCUCUGAGCUCCGGCGUGCCUAUGGUGGUGCUGCCGCAGUGGGGAGAUCAGGUGACUAACGCUAAGUUCUUGGUGGAACAGCUUGGGGUUGGGCUCCGGCUGACACGUGGCGCGAUGGAGAAGAGAUUGGUUCUGAGAGAUGAGUUUGAGAAGUGUUUAAGGGACGCCAUUGUUGGGCCUAAGGCGGAGGAGCUUCGGGAAAACGCCUUGAAGUGGAAGGCGGCGGCGGAGAAGGCGGCGGCGGAGGGCGGCUCCUCGGAGACUCGUAUCGAUGAGCUCGUCGGCGAGAUCAGGAAGCGAUCAGGUAACGUGAUCAAGCCCCAGGCAAGCCUGUGCGUUCGUAGUGACAAUUAGAUUUUAUGUUAUUUUAAUAUGCCAUUUUUUGGCACACAAUAAAUUAGUUUAUUAAAAAAAAAAUUA